AUGUCUUCUGCACACAAGCGUGAGAUACGGAGAAGGCCUGAGCGUGCCGGCAUGCCUCCACGCAUCUUCGAUGGAAAUGAGCAAAUCGGAGGAACUAGUUACAAGCCCCGACGUCGAGCAAGUAUCGAGGAGCGGAUGAGAAAGAACGCAUACCACUCAAUCCUCGAGAGUGGACAGCUGCCAAGCGACCUUGAAGCCAUCGAUGGUGUUGACACAGACAUGCAAGGACCCGUCCAGUCAGAGCCCCUUAAAGAAGAUUCACUUAAUAUACAGAAGUUGCAACCUGCACUACCAUUGCCUAAUGCACUUGCAGAGACACCCAGACCGUCAAAAGUAAGCGUGCUAUGCGGCCGCCAAGACCCAAAAUCUUGGUACUUGACGCGACGCUUGGUUAGGAUGCCUGACAACCAUGACGAUCACCUGGUAUCACUCGUCAAGCAUCGCAACAUCGACCCUGACGCAGCGGAGCUUCACCGAAUUUGGCAACAUACUGGUGUUGUUCCGACACGCUACCGCGAUAUCAACUUCGACCCCGACGGCAUUGACCCGCAGCAUACAUGGAUCGCAUGCUGGCCAUUGAUGAAUGCGGUGAUACAUGGGUUCAUGCUAGAAGAUGACAAAUUCGUCUACCGAAUGAUGUAUUUACUCGAUGAAAAGAUUGUGAGCGGUGUACGUCCAGAUGUCGAUACGAUCUCGCAUGUCUUCGGCGAGAAGCGACAGCACACACCGAUGAUGUUGCAGCAUUUCCUAGUUGAUCGCUGGAUCAACAAUAGUACUCAAGGAUUUGGUGACGUCGAUCCGCAUAGUUUGCCAGAGUUCUUCGUUUGCGCCGCACUCGACACGGCCAUGCGACGCCUCUCGCAGGAUACACGAUCUUCACUGCCAUCAGGCUGUCGAUACCAUACGCAUUCGAGGCCAGACGGGUGCUACAAGAACAGAACCCUGCCAAUAGAGGCCGGAAGACAAGAACGCUACAAGUAUCGUCGUGAGAAGGCGUCUCGGGAAGCCGCGCAAGUCGCUACUGAUAUGAUUGAGUAUGGCAUUCGAACUGUUGAUUGGGAGGAGCGAAGAGCGGAGGCGCACCGAGCGCUUCACGACCAGGUCGAUGAUUAUUCACCCACUUCCAGUAGCCGGUUAGAAGCCUCAGAACAGAGUUUGGAAGCGGACAACCCAAAAAGGCUUGAGCUAUUAGAUCAUGAUCAUGUAUCAGAAACAGAGAAUGAUCUAGACUACCAUCUCGAAGUUAGGUAUUCGCCUUCGCCCAUGUUCGGGACAGCGCAAGCUGGAGGAGCCGUUGAUGAGGUGAAGUUUGCCCCACCGGCACGCGAGCCGCCGCCACCACCACCACCAUCAAGCGAUUCUGCGAGACAUGAUGACAGCAGUGUCGAAAACGAACCAUCCUUGGAAAAACUAUCAUCAGACCACGACGUUGCAAUGUCGUUAAAUGGCGAUGCGACGCCACUCAUGGAGAGUGAGGAAAGCUUUGAGUCAAAUCUCUUGGACGCGCCUGCCAUUCCGCCAGAACACGAAACGGAUGCACGGACCGCGUCGCGUGAGAGCUCGCGCGAAAAGGAGCGCGUAACAUGCCCGGGAUCCUUCCCAGAGUCCUGGUCAGGAACUUUGAAGAGCAUUGCUCCAGCGUAG